AUGUCCGGAUCGCACUUUGGACAGCGAUGUGUUGGCAUCAUUAAUACGACAGGGAGAUGCAUGCGCUCUACAGUGCCAAGCGUAGCGCUUCCUGCCCCGCGGAAUUUCAGUGCGGUGUCGUACGCGCAACUCAGUCGUCGUCCGACAGCUCAGAGCACGGAUGCUCCAGCCACCAGUAGAGGGGUUCGUGGUUUCCACUCAAGUGCUGCGCACUGUGCCGCACAGAAAGAUCCAUAUGCAACCCUGGGGGUGAAACGCGAUGCGUCUGCAAAGGAUAUUAAGAAUGCUUAUUACCAGCUUGCCAAAAAGUACCACCCUGAUACGAGCAAGGAGCCUGGCGCUAAGGAACGCUUUGUCGAAAUACAGUCCGCCUACGACAUCCUUAGUGAUGAGCAGAAGCGCGCUUCGUACGACCAGUUCGGUUCUGCUGAUGGCCCAGGAGGCUUUGAUCCCUUCGGCGGGGCUGCGGGAGCCUCGCCCUUUGGCGGCUUCAGUCCCGGCAGUGCGGAAAGCAUUUUUGAGUCGCUAUUUGGAGGUGCUUUUGGCGGUGCCCGUGGCGCUCGUGCUGGCUUCACCGCGGAGACCCGUGGUGAAGACAUUGAUGCCAGCGUGAACAUCUCAUUCGAAGAGGCAUGCAAGGGUACUAGCCGCACUGUCACAAUUCAUCCGAUUGAAAACUGUGGUACUUGCUCUGGCUCCGGAUUGAAGGCGAAUGCGAAGCGUUCUACGUGCCAUGUCUGCCGAGGCACAGGCACUCGCACCUUCGUUAUCCAAGGCGGCUUUCAGAUGGCAAGCACUUGCCCGGCUUGCAAUGGAACUGGUUCCUCGAUUGCAUCAGGGGACGAGUGUACAUCUUGUUCAGGGGCUGGUCGCGUGAAGAGCUCUCGCACGAUCUCGGUAAACAUCCCAGCCGGUGUGGAUGACGGAUACCGUAUCCGCCAGGAUGGUGCGGGUGACGUGCCUCUUAUGGGGACUGGACCAGCAGGCUCGCUUUUCGUUCGGAUCAAUGUGGCUCCCAGUCGUAUCUGGCGCCGCCAAGGCACCAAUCUGUUCUAUCCUGCGACCAUUCCCUUCUACACGGCCGUGCUUGGUGGUCGCGUGCGUGUGCCCACCUUGGACGGUGAGGUGGAUGUACGUGUGCCCGCAGGUACUCAGGUUGGCGAUGAGAUGGUUUUGCGCGGACGCGGUGUGCCACGUCUUGGAAGCCGCAAAAAUUACGAUGUGAACGGCGAUCUUAUGGUGCAGUUCGACAUUACGAUACCAAGGUCGCUGUCCAAGCGGCAAAAGGAGCUGCUCCAACAAUUCGCUGACGAGUAUGAGGGAAAAGCCUCUCAAACUGCCAACGAAAAGAGCACUCCUCCCAGCGAUACCAACCCCCCCCACGCAGACGCGGAGACGACGAAGGGGAACGAUGGUAAGUCCUGA